AGGAAGAAUACAUUGCAUGUACCAAAAAACCAUACCACACCACACCAUUGUUUUUUGACAACGACAACUUUUCUUGUCCCUUCUCCCAAUAAAACCCUUUUCUCCACUUACACAUAUAUUCCAUUUCCAUUUCCAUUUCCCUUACCCAUUCCAUUCGUCACUCAACCAAAUCAAAAUCUUUCAUUUUUUCUUCUUGGCUUUUCUUUUUUGCCCUGCUUGUUGGGGUUUCCUCUCUUCAAUUCAAAUGCUCUUGUGCUUUCUUUGGAUCUUAAUCUGCUUCGCUGCAACCGUUUUUGCUUCAAGUUUGAUCCUUUUUUCUCUCCCUGGAGGGUUUUUGUGCCUUGAGGAGCUCUUCGGCUUUGUUCUUUUUCGACUGUCAUCAUGCCUACCCUUGUUAAUUACAGUGGUGAUGAUGAAUUUUACUCUGGGGGCUCUUGUUACUCAAACCAGGGACUGUUUGGUUCCCAUGUUGAUGUGUAUUGUCCUCCUAGCAAGAGAGCACGGAUCAGUGCCCCUUUUGCCUUCGAAGGAAGCUUCUUGGAGCAGGUUGUUAAACCCUCCAUUGAAGUACUACCCGAUGAGUGCCUUUUUGAGAUCCUAAGACGCCUGCAGGGCGGUAAAGAGAGGAGCUCUUGUGCUUGUGUUUCAAAGAAAUGGCUUUCGAUGUUGAGUAGUAUCCGCAGAACUGAGAUGCCAUCAAAGUUGGAGAAUGAAGUGGUUUCCUCUAGUGAUGUUGAAAUGAUCGAUUCUGAUGAAGAUCAAGAACUAAAAAGUGAUGGAUAUCUUUCAAGGUGUGUGGUGGGAAAGAAAGCAACUGAUACUCGACUAGCUGCCAUUUCAGUUGGAACUAGUAGCCGUGGGGGACUUGGAAAGCUUUCAAUCCGAGGAAGCAACACCGUUCGUGGAGUUACAGACGUUGGACUGUCUGCUAUUGCUCGGGGUUGUCCAUCUUUGAAGGCCCUUUCUUUGUGGAAUGUUCCCGCUGUUGGAGAUCAAGGUCUUUAUGAGAUAGCUAGAGGAUGCCCAUUGUUAGAGAAGCUUGACCUUUGCCAGUGUCCUUCAAUUUCCAACAAGGGUUUGAUGGCAAUUGCUGAGAAUUGCCCUAAUUUGACAGCUUUGAGUAUUGAAUCAUGCUCUAAGAUUGGUAAUGAUGGAUUGCAAGCUGUUGGAAGGUUUUGCUCCAAGCUGCAGUCUGUAUCUAUCAGAGACUGUCCUCUUGUUGGGGAUCAUGGAGUAUCAAGUCUGCUAUCAUCAGCUUCUUUAGUGCUAUCAAAGGUAAAGCUUCAGGCUUUGAAUAUCACAGACUUCUCCAUUGCAGUGAUUGGACAUUAUGGCAAGGCUAUUACCAAUCUUAAUCUUAUUGGUCUCCAAAAUGUAAGUGAGAAAGGAUUUUCGGUCAUAGGAAAUGCUCAAGGUCUUCAGAAGUUGGUGUCAUUAGCAAUUACUUCUUGCCGGGGAAUAACCGAUGCCAGCCUUGAAGCUAUGGGCAAGGGUUGUGUGAAUCUUAGGCAGAUGUGCCUUCGUAAGUGUUGUUUUGUGUCUGAUAAUGGCUUGGUUGCUUUUGCCAAAGUUGCUGCAUCGCUUGAGAGCCUACAAUUGGAGGAGUGUAAUAGGGUUACCCAGGCAGGGAUUGUUGGUGCUCUCUCAAACUGUGGAACUAAGUUGAAGUCCCUUACCCUAGUGAAGUGCAUGGGCAUCAAGGAUAUCACUUCUGAAGUAUCUAUGCCCUCUCCCUGCAGAUCUCUUCGAUCUCUAUCCAUCCGAAACUGCCCUGGUUUUGGUAGUGUUAGCCUUGCCAUGGUGGGGAGCUUGUGCCCUCAACUUCAGGAUGUAGAUCUGAGUGGGCUUUAUGGAAUAACAGAUGCUGGGAUUCUUCCACUUCUUGAGAACUGUGAGGAAGGACUUGUCAAAGUGAAUCUUAGUGGCUGCCUGAAUUUAUCAGAUGAGGUAGUCAUUGCUUUGGCUAAGUUUCAUGGAGGAACAGUGGAGUCAUUGAAUCUUGAUGGAUGCAGGAGGAUCACGAAUGCAAGUUUGGCAGCAAUUGCAGAUGAUUGCUUGUUACUCAGAGAUCUAGACCUUUCUAAAUGUGCAAUCACUGAUUCUGGCAUUUCAGCCCUUUCUAAUGCAACGCAAAUCAAUUUGCAAGUGCUCUCUCUUUCUGGUUGUUCUGAAGUAACGAACAAGAGCGCAUUUUGCCUUAAGAAAUUGGGUGAGACUCUAGUUGGGUUGAAUCUCCAACAUUGCAAUUCAAUCAGCAGCAGAACAGUUGAGCUGCUUGUGGAGAGCUUGUGGAGAUGUGAUAUCUUGGCCUAAUUAAGAGAUUGAACAGAACAAUACUCUCCUAUAUGCUAAAAGAGAGGCAGAUAUAGAGAUGUCAGAGAUAGUGGAGUCCGUGGAUUUGUUUUUUAAGUUGUUACUUGAUAGGUGGUUUUUAGCUCUUAUGGUUAACCGAUAUGGAUAGCACAACGUUAGUCAUACUGUUUUUGCUCAUCAUUGGUGGACUUUUUGGCUGGCUUGGUUGUUUUCUGGGUGACUUUGGCCUAUACUUUGUCAUCCUUUUUUAGCAGGCUCCCUUACCUGUUCUCACUGUUUAGCCCCUGAUCAGCAGGAGGUUUCAUCUUGGCCAUGGUUCCCAGUGAAUAUUACCAAGUUUUAGUCCAAGGUUCUCCACUUGCUGGUGCGUUUUCUUACUGCACACGUUUGGGUCCUGCUAUUCGAUGUGGUGUUUUUAGCUUUCCUGCACAUUCCUCCAUUGGCGUGUCUGAUCAAGCUUUCUUUUUUAUGUUUCACCCCUGCGAAACCCAUUGUUUGAAGUCAGUUCUUUGUAGUAGAGUGACUAAAAAGAGUCUGUUUCAGGGAUUUGCAUAAUUGUAGGGGGUUUGUUUUUCCCUUUUCACGAGUGUUUUUCAGUGUUGGGUGGUUGAUUUAGGCAGUUCUUUAGUAAGGGUACCUCGGAUCUAUGUGGGCUUUGAUGGUGGCAUUCUCUUAUGUGUGCCUUGACAACCUUGUUUUGGUUGUUUUUUUUCUCAUUUUAUCAUCCAUGUCCCAUAUAGCUUUGCUGGUUUCUCAUUCUACUGUGUUGUACUUUGUCACUACUUUAAUAUAAAUAAAUAAAAAAUUAGGUAAUUUAGCUUGA